GGACUAAUCUGAAAAGCGGAAGAAGAAUCUGUACACUGGCUAGCAUAUGUGCCCUUGCCUCUUUCUUCUUGAAAAUUGCAGCAACUCAUCUUUUCAAAGAAGCUUGCCUAAAGAACAGGCACUCUGUAAAUGGAGUGUGCUUUGAGGCCCUUCAGGGUAUUCAGAUUCAUUGUACAGCUCACCAAGAAGUUUAGCUCUACAAGGGACGGGUAGAUUGGAUUUAAUGAAGACUUGGAGCUUGCUUCUCAGAAUAAAUGCAAAAGGACCCCAAACUCUCAAUCUUGAAGGUAGCAGAAUGGCAAACUAAAUGGAAAUUCAGAGAUCACAUAAUAUAAACCUAUUGAAUUGGAGAUAAGUGAAGAGAUCACAGAAAGUAAUUUACUCCAGAUCGCACAAUGAAUCCAACGUAGCCUGAGCUUAGGCUUCAUCUGAAAUUACAUCAUAAGAGCUGACCACCAACUAGGAAAAUUCGUGAAAGGCACUGCAGUGUCAGAGGCACCAAGCAGACAUUCCUAGAGAAACAUGGAUGGAGUCGGGAAUCUGACAGUAUCUUCUGCCAAUAAUAACAAGUGCAAUGACACUAUUGAUGACUUCCGCAAUCAAGUAUAUUCCACUUUGUACUCUAUGAUCUCCGUUGUGGGCUUCUUUGGCAAUAGCUUUGUGCUCUAUGUCCUCAUAAAAACAUAUCAUGAGAAGUCAGCUUUCCAAGUAUACAUGAUUAAUUUAGCAGUAGCAGAUCUACUGUGUGUGUGUACAUUGCCUCUCCGUGUGGUCUAUUAUGUUCACAAAGGCAUUUGGCUUUUCGGUGACUUUUUGUGCCGCCUCAGCACCUAUGCCUUGUAUGUCAACCUCUAUUGUAGUAUCUUCUUUAUGACAGCCAUGAGCUUUUUCCGGUGUAUUGCAAUUGUUUUCCCAGUCCAGAACAUUAAUUUGGUUACCCAGAAGAAAGCGAGGUUUGUGUGUCUUGGCAUUUGGAUUUUUGUGAUUUUGGCCAGUUCUCCAUUUUUGCUGUCCACAUCUUACAAAGAUGAGAAAAACAAUACCAAGUGCUUUGAGCCUCCACAGGACAAUCAGGCUAAAAAUCAUGUUUUGGUCUUGCAUUAUGUGUCAUUGUUUGUAGGAUUUAUCAUUCCUUUUGUUAUUAUAAUUGCCUGUUAUACAAUGAUCAUUUUAACCUUACUUAAAAAUUCCAUGAAGAAAAAUCUAUCAAGUCGUAAAAAAGCUAUAGGAAUGAUAAUAGUUGUGACAGCUGCCUUUUUGAUCAGCUUCAUGCCAUAUCAUAUUCAACGCACCAUCCACCUUCAUUUUUUACACAAUGAAACUAAACCCUGUGAUUCUGUUCUUAGAAUGCAAAAGUCAGUGGUCAUAACCUUGUCUCUGGCUGCAUCAAAUUGUUGCUUUGACCCUCUCCUAUAUUUCUUUUCAGGGGGGAACUUUAGGAGAAGACUGUCUACAUUUAGAAAGCAUUCUUUGUCCAGUGUGACUUAUGUACCCAAGAAAAAGGCCUCUUUGCCAGAAAAAGGAGAAGAAAUAUGUAAAGAGUAAUUUAAACCCAUUUCCAAUGAAAAUCAAUGAAAAAAGUUUCCCAAAUAAGUAUUAUCUCAAAUUAUCUACAAUAAAAAUGAGAAUUUACAUUAAUAAAUUGCAAAUACUUAACUGAAUGUGUGCCUAUAAAUAUAUUGCAUUUAUGAAUCCACACUGUUACAGGUUCUAAAGAUAUUUAAGUGUUAAAAAUUCAGUCCACAACUAUGAACUAAAUUAUAAGUGGUUUUUUGAUCAUUCACUGAAAGGUGAAGAAUAUUUUUGUCUUGGCAUUGUAAAAAAUGGAUCUGAGACCAAAGGUUUUCCUCUCAAAAGCUUCACAAAGGAUAAGAACUAGCCCUUUAAGAUACAAAAUUAGCAAUUAUUUCCCAAUCAUCCUAAUAUAUUCCUUUGCAUGCAUGCCACCAAAUGAGAACUAGAAUUACCCAGUUCACGAGCUACAUAAAAUGUCCUGUCACCCUCUUCCUUUGUAGUAUUGACUGACUAUGCAAAGUAGGGCCAUUUCUUCCAAAACAGAAUAUGCAAGUGCUAGAACAGCCUAGUAUCCAGCCAAAUGGCCCAAAUGGUUCCAUGCAAUGUGUAUUCUGGAAACUGAGGAAUAUGAACUUGGUCCAAAGCCAGUUUGUGUCUAAUUUUCUUCUGCUCCUGACCCAGGUCCUCAAAAGAGAAUGGUGGAGUUUUUGUUGCUUAUUGAAGUUCUUACAGAGAAUUCUCUCCCUACAUGACAUACAAUUCUUCCUUAAAAACCAGACAACUGGCAUUCCCAUAAAUGAACAGAAGUAAUUUAAAAUUUAUCUAAAGAAGAGGGAAAGGGUUCUACUUUUCUAUAUGCUUAUUAUUGGGAUCAAAACUAGCUAUAGUGUUUUUUCUGAAUAAAACUUUGAAUGUUCAUAUUACAAGGUGUUUUAAGAAGUAAUUAUAUUUAUGUAAGUAUGUCAGAGAUUUUGCUCUAUGAUAUGCAUUUAUGAGUGGAAGUUAAUUAUAAGUCUUAUUAUUUUAUACUUUUUCUUCUCUAUUGGCAUGUUAACAGGAAUAUCAAGGAUAUGUUUACAGUGGGUUUUAUAUUACAGUGGAAGCUUUGUUAUUAAAACACAACUUGAUUAUGGCUGAAAUAUAAUAUUCAUGGGCAAGCUUUUGCUGAAGUGCGGUCUGUUCCUUUAUUCUCUGUUUCAAAAGGCAUGUUACCUCAGAGGAAAUAAAUGAUAAUGGUGAAAAAAAUAAAGCUAUGAAAGGAAAAGUUCUAUCUGAA